UAACAUGGCACACGAUGUCAGAGCUGUGUCGCUUUAUGUAUUUUUAGCUGACAGGCGGGAGCGGGGUUGCUCGUGUCCAGCGAUAUGAGUUUACCGGCGUACGCGGAGCAUUCGUUGGGUUUGCCGCGCGUCAAUACCAUGUUUAUGAGAAAAUGACAACGCGAGGAAUUAGGCGGAAGAAGUCAUCGCUAUCCGAAGUUAAAGUUGCUGUGAUUGGGGCACCAUCCGUCGGAAAAAGUGCUCUAACGGUGCGUUUCCUCACCAAACGAUACAUAGGAGAAUAUGAUCAUCAACAGGAAAGCAAAUACAAACACGAAACACUUCUGGAUGGAGAACCAAUUUUGUUUGAAAUACUCGACACUUGUCCAAAGAGUUUGGAUGAAUUACCUGGCAACGAAAUAGCCCAGUGGGCUGACGGCUUAUUUCUUGUGUACUCGAUCACGGAUCGGGCAUCAUUCAACUAUGUCAGAAGAGCGAAACAAAAUCUUCAGCCCGAUGUACCCUUGGCAUUGGUGGGCAAUAAGUCAGAUAUGGUGCAUUUACGACAAGUAAGUCUAGAAGAAGGCGAAAUUCUUGCAAAAGACUUUGAAUGUAGCUUCGCGGAAGUAGCAGCAGCUGAACAAGUGAAUCAAGUUGGUGAAGUGUUUCACGAGCUUUGUCGUGAAGUGCUCACACACAGGCGACGAGCAAAACACAGCCUUUUGGACAGAAUGCUAGGAUCCAAAACUGCAUACAGGGUAUAUUGUCGGGGGAAAAGUGAUAGCGCAUUACCCAAAGAUUAACAGGACAUUUACACGACGAGUAGUCAAUAUAAUUAAUUUGUUUAUAUAAAAGAACGUUAUUAAAUAUUGUAAUGGAUUUGAGAUAUUGAUUAUGACGUUGAAUGAUUGAGUCCACAGCCUGUGAAGUAUAAUAGAAAAAAAAAACAAACUAACUGUUAAUAUAAUAUCUAGGGAACUUUUAGCGAUUCAAGCGAAGCCAAGGACCUUAAUAUUAGUGAAUUCGCACUUUCGUUCGAGAGAUAGUAUUUUUAAUUACCUAAAAUUAAAUUAAAUUUAUCACAAUUUCUAGAUUUAUUUUUCAAAUAAUUUGCAUAAAUCAAUUUUAAAAAUUGUACUACCUCUUAGUAUCGAAGAAGUUUAUCGAAGUCUAUUUGACAUCUCACAGUGUCGAUAAAUUCUAACUGGACUUUAUUAUUUUCUCCAAUACUUUGAAUAUCCAAUAACAAAACAAAAAUAUAAAAUGCAAAAGAAGCUUCAUAUACGUUUUUAAAAAUAAAUUUUCAUACAAAUUUCGAAAUAAAUGACAAAAAUUUAGAAAUAAAAGUUGGAGACCCUUUUCGAGCAAGUGUAAAAUAAAAUAAAUUAACUUCGGCUUCUAAUGACGAGUGAGAUGAAACUAUUAAAUUUUUGUAUUUAAAUUAAUUAUUAGUAUAAUUUUGUUUGUAAAACCAUGUUAGUAAGCAAAUGCUUGAUUCGAUGAUUUAAUAAUAUCUAACUUAAGCAAGAAUUACGUUGACAUAAACCUAAUUUAAUAUACAAGAUGAAGAAUAAUAGGAGUUUGUAUAUUUUUAGUGCGUCCGUAAUUACAGGUACCUACUUGUAUGAUUUCUGCUACGCCAGAAAUGUUCUAAAUACCAAUGGGUUAUUAUUAUUAUUAAAAACAAUUAAGGAAUAUUUUGUUAAUUUAUGCCUAUAACUUAUAUAUAGAUAGUUAUUUACAAUUAUUUUUUAUAUAAUUUAGUACUAAAGAUUAGAGGGAGAUAUACAAUUAUUGUUAACACAGCGAAAAUUUGUAUAAGAUAGCAUAGAUCAUUUAUACGUUUAGAUAGACUGCGACAGCUGUGAAAACGUCAAAAAAAUUGAAACGCAUAAUUAACCUCUAUUUUAAGCAACGCACGCACACUAACAUAAAGUGACAUAUACAAAUCGCGAGUGUAAGACGUAGCUUGUCACGCACACUCAUAAUCGGUUGCCUAUCAGCAACCGGCUCUAUCUUAAUAUAUAUAAAUCUCGUGUCACAAUGUUUGUCCUCAAUGGACUCCUAAACUAAUGAACGGAUUUCAAUGGGGAUUACUUCAUGGAGUGCAGUUUAGUCCAACUUAAGAGAUAGGAUAGUUUUUAUUUCGAUUUGGGACCCUUAAUUAUUUUUAUUUCCAAUAUUUGUUUUGUUUGGACAUAUUUUCUGUGAGAGUAUUUUUGACGCGCGGUUUGACAGUUCAGUUUGCUGUGAAACAAUUUCAUUAUAACAACAAGGAGCAUAUUAUUAUGUCACAACGAAAAAUUAUUGACAAAACAAAAACGGUAUUUUAUUUAUUAUGUACAGAACAACGUCUGUCUGGUCAGCUAGUCUAGAUGUAUAAAUGAUCUAUUAAAGAUAGAUAAUAUAAAAGAUAGACUUUAAUUUUGUAUAAUAUUAUUAAUGGCAGUUUUUCGGACUAUUAAUGAGAAAUGUGCAUUUGAAAACAAAAUAUAGACAACAUUUAAGAUCGUAUACGUAAAUAAUACUACAAUUAUAUAUUUAAUUUUAGGGGUAAUAAUGCUAAUAGACAAUAAUUAAAAAAGUACAAAUACG